UGAGUUCACGCUAACUCUCAGAUGAUGUGCUAGGCACAAAAAUUAGAUAUUACACCAAUUUCUACUAUAGUUAACAUUCUAUCUAAAUAUAAAGUGGGACCACGGUCUUAGAUGAAUGUGGCUCUUGAGAGCGGCAAUAAUCCAGAAUGGCUACUCUGAUCUAUGUUGAUAAGGAAAUUGGAGAACCAGGCACCCGUGUGGCUGCUAAGGAUGGGCUGAAGCUGGAGUCUAGACCUUCAAUCAAAGCCUUAGAUGGGAUAUCUCAAGUUUUAACAUCACGUUUUGGCAAAACGUUCGAUGCUCCAUCAGCCUUACCUAAAGCUACCAGAAAGGCUUUGGGAACUGUCAACAGAGCUACAGAAAAGUCAGUAAAGAACAAUGGACCCAGCAAACAAAAACAGCCAAGCUUUUCUGCCAAAAAGAUGACCGAGAAGACUGUUAAAACGAAAAGCUCUGUUCCUGCCUCAGAUGACGCCUAUCCAGAAAUAGAAAAAUUCUUUCCCUUCAAUCCUCUAGACUUUGAGAGUUUUGACCUGCCUGAAGAGCACCAGAUUGCACACCUCCCCUUGAGUGGAGUGCCUCUCAUGAUCCUUGAUGAGGAGGGACAGCUUGAGAAGCUGUUUCAGCUGGGCCCCCCUUCACCUGGGAAUGCAAUCUGUUUGCAGUCUCCUUCAAGCAUUCUGUCAACCCUGGAUGUUGAAUUGCCAGCUGUUUGCUAUGAUGUAGAUAUUUAA